AGAAAUGGAGUUGAACGAGAGUAACCUAAACCAGAUGGGGGUGUAUUUAAGUCAAACUUUAGCCCCACAAACCGAGAUCAGGAAACCAGCGGAGGAAUUUCUCCGGUCCGUAGAAACCAAUCAAAACUAUCCAAUCCUUCUCCUCUCUCUCAUCAACAAACCUGAUGUUGAACCAAAUAUUAAGAUUGCUGGAGCAAUUACGUUUAAGAACUACGUGAAGCGGAAUUGGAAAGUAGGAGAGGAUAGUAUCAAUAAGAUUCAUGAUAAUGACAGAACACGGGUCAAAGCUCUUAUAGUUGAUCUCAUGCUCAGUGCUCCUGUUCCGGUCCAGAAGCAACUCAGUCAAGCUAUUGCUAUCAUAGGCCAGCAAGAUUUCCCUGCACAAUGGCAAGAUCUGGUGAACCAUAUGGUGACAAAGUUCAGGACUGGGGACUUCCACAUCAUCAACGGAGUUCUACAAACAGCUCACUCCAUAUUUGAGAAGUAUUCAAUAGAGUUCAAAUCCCAGAAGCUCUGGGAAGAAAUCAAAUUCGUCCUGGACAACUUUGCUCAGCCCUUCACGGAGCUGUUUGUCGAGACGAUCAAUCUGGCGGGUCAGCACUCGGGGAACAAGGACGCACUCAAGGUUAUAUUUGGAUCCUUGGUCCUCAUCUCCAAGAUAUUCCACAGUUUGAACUACCAGGACCUACCAGAGUUUUUCGAGGACAACAUGAAGGUUUGGAUGCCCAGGUUCCUGGAGCUUCUCACUCUGGAUAACCCACUCCUUGUGACGGAUGAUGAUGAGCCUGGUGUGCUUGAGGAGCUGCGAAGUCAAAUCUGUGACAAUAUUGGUCUUUACGCACACAAAUACGAGGAGGAGUUCCAGCCAUACAUGCAGCAGUUCGUCACAGCGGUUUGGAAUCUUCUGUUGAAAACUGGAACUGAGACUAAAUACGAUCUCCUGGUUUCUAAUGCAAUCCAGUUCUUGGCUUCAGUUGCUGACCGACCACACUAUAAAAACCUGUUUGAAGAUUCUGCUGUACUCGGCAGCAUUUGCGAGAAGAUUAUAGUUCCCAACAUGGAAAUGAGAGAAAGCGACGUGGAACUGUUUGAAGACAACCCAGAGGAGUUCAUUAGGAGAGACCUGGAGGGAUCGGACAUGGACACGAGACGGCGGGCAGCGUGUGAUCUAGUCAAGGGUCUGAGUAGACAUUUCGAGGAGAAGAUAACUCAAAUAUUCGGAGUGUAUGUGCAGACCAUGCUGCAGCAGUUUAACGCGAACCCUGCACAGAACUGGAAAUCCAAGGACGCUGCGAUAUAUCUGGUGACUAGUUUGGCUACUAGAGCUAAGACUGCAAAGCAUGGAAUAACCCAGACAAAUCAGCUGGUUAAUAUCGGAGAGUUUUGUACAACUCAUAUACUCCCGGAGCUGCAGAACGUGGCCAAUACCGGAGAGUUCCCGGUUCUUAAAUCAGAUUGUGUCAAGUACAUCUUGACAUUCAGAUCCCAGCUUUCCCCGGACCUUGUGAAAGCUUCUUUCCCUUUCCUUGUUCAAUAUCUUAAGUUUCCCGCCGUGGUUCUCCACACCUACUCUGCAGCAGCAAUUGAUAAGAUACUCAUCAUGAAGGAUCAGUCCGGAUCUGCUCUUCUCAAACAAUCCGACCUUGCUCCAUACACGGAGGAUCUUCUUAAAAACCUGUUUGGAGCAUUUGAGUUCCCAGGUUCUACUGAGAAUGAAUACGUGAUGAAGGCUGUUAUGAGAUCUUUCUCCGCUCUGCAGGACUCCGUAGUUCCCUAUCUUGCUCAUCUUCUCCCUCCUCUUACCAACAAAUUGUCCCAGGCUGCCAAGAAUCCAACCAGACCUCACUACAAUCAUUAUCUAUUUGAAUCUCUCAGCCUUUCUAUAAGAAUCGUCUGCAAGAACUCACCCCAGGCUGUUUCAAACUUUGAACAGGUUCUCUUCCCUGUCUUCGAAGAUAUCUUAAAGAAUGACGUACAGGAGUUUGUUCCCUACGUGUUCCAAAUAAUGUCCCUGAUGCUUGAACUUCAUUCAGAAGGAAACGUACCUGAGCCAUACAUGGCGCUAUUCUCCUUCCUCCUGGUUCCUCUACUCUGGGAGAGACCAGCCAAUAUUCAUCCUUUAGUCCGUCUUCUCCAGGCAUUUAUAUCCCGAGGACCGGCCCAGGUUGUCGGACAGGAUAAAAUCACCGGUCUUCUCGGAGUUUUUCAGAAACUUAUUGCUAGUAAAACUAACGAUCAUGAAGGAUUUUAUCUCCUCCAGUCAAUGGUGGAACACCUCCCGGCCGACUCCCUUGCCAACUACAUCAAGCAGGUUUUCGUUAUCCUUUUUCAACGAUUGACCUCGUCCAAGACCACCAAGUAUGUAAAAUCUCUUCUGGUUUUCUUCUUCGUCUAUCUGAUCAAGAACGGUGGAACCAGUCUAAUUAAUAUCAUGGAUCAGAUUCAAGUUGGCAUAUUUGGUAUGGUUUGUGAUUCUCUGAUCGUCAAGGACGGAUCCGUUCAGAAAAUCUCUGGUUCAACGGAGAAAAAGAUUGCUGCGGUGGGAUUAACGAACCUACUCUGCGGGACGGAUGAGCUGAUCUCCGGGAGGUAUGCGGAUAAGUUUAACCCUCUCCUUCUGGCUCUAAUAGCGCUUUUUGAAUUGCCAGAGGAUGAGAGUAUACCAGACAACGAGCAUUUUAUUGAGAUAGAGGAUACUCCUGGAUACCAGACUGCUUACUCCCAGCUCAUCUUUGCAGGGAAACCAGACUAUGAUCCUGUUGCUGGGAUUGAUGACGUGAGGAAACUGCUCGCCACAAGCCUAGGAUCUCUGUCAGCUCGUCAUCCGGGACGGGUUCCUUCUCACAUAUCUCAGCUGGAGCCUAGUGCUCAGCAAUGUCUCCAGCAGUAUCUCCAGGCUGCCGGAGUAUCCCUCCAGUGAUGUUUUACUAGAUAUUUAACCAAACAUGUGAUUUCAGA